AUGAAUUAUAUUCAAGAAAUUCAUGACGUCCAGGUUCGAGUGUUCAAAUGGAACGAAAUUCUUGACAACGUAGAUGAAUUACAUAAUGGACUUUUCAUGUUCAAGAUCGCGAACGAGGUGAUAGUUGAAUUCGACACCGAAGAUGGCGAACUUGCAAAUCAUUUAUUUCAGCUUACGGUCAACUACGAGGGUUUCACCAGGUUUCGGCUCCGUGAUUUGUCAAGUUCACAAUCCACACAGUCUGUCGUUUCAGUAGCCUUGGAAAACACGAGCUGCUUCAACGAACAAACUAUGCCACGGCUGAGAGAAGACAUCUCCAAUCACCUGCUUGGUUGCUUCAAGUUUGAUCUCCAAGAAGGCCCUGUAACCAAGAAGCCCAUCGUCGUCGUAGUGGUAGACGUUCACCUCUUGAGCCACCAGAACGGUGAAGCCGCAGAAGUUGGGAGCGAAGCUGCUGCUGGUGCGGCUGCGCCUCGUGGGAAAUUGUCUGUCGCUGAAGCUCAAGAGAUUCGAGAAACUUUGAUGGUGCUUAUGGAGGAGCCGAUCCGUCUUCCGGUGAAGCCCAUGACGAGGAAAGAGCCAACUGGGUUUCACGAGGUUGAUCCUGCAGUGGAGAUGAAGGAAUUCGAGGGGGUGGAGGAGGAGGAGGCCGCCUGUGCAGUUUGCUUGGAGAAGAUUUCCAAAGGGAUGAGGGUUGCAACCACGCCUUGCUCGCAUACGUUUCACAGUAACUGCCUCUUCCGGUGGCUGCCACGCGGAAGUUCCUGCCCCUUGUGCCGAUGUUCCUGCGCUACAAUCAUAUAG